CUGUGCGCGUGGUGGGUGCUGGGCGGGGAGCGGCGGGCCGCGGACCCCGGCGCUACGGACGUCGCCCUCCGCCCGCACUUGACUCUUCUUCCAGCGAGGGGACGAGCUGCCCCUGCGAUCGUGUCUAGGAGGAAAGGUGGCCCACGGUAUCUCAUGCCCUGGGCACAGCAGAGCGCCCGGUAGCCCUUUUGUUAAGAGUCCUGUCUCCAGUUCCUGCAGAUGGCAUCUUGUGAAGGGCGGAUAUGGCCAGGUUGUCCCUUACCCUUCAAUAUUUUGAGUUAGAUCAUGGCGACUGUAGAAGAAAUCGCACAUCAGCUUAUUGAACAUCAGACGGGUGAGAUUGUCACAGAGCAGCAGAGCCAGCAGAAAAUCCAGAUUGUGACAGCACUUGACCAUAGCGCGCAGGGCAAGCAGUUCAUUCUGGCUAAUCACGAAGGCUCCGCCGCGGGAAAAGUCUUCCUCGCCUCUCCAGAUGCCGCAGGGGUCAACCAGCUGUUCUUUGCCACUCCCGAUCUGUCCACACCACACCUCCAGCUCUUUACAGAAAAUUCUCCUGACCAGGGACCAAAUAAGGUUUUUGACCUUUGUGUCGUGUGUGGAGACAAAGCCUCAGGACGUCAUUAUGGAGCGAUCACUUGUGAAGGCUGCAAAGGGUUUUUUAAAAGAAGCAUCAGAAAGAACUUGGUCUAUUCAUGCCGCGGAUCCAAAGACUGUGUAAUUAAUAAGCACCACCGGAACCGCUGUCAGUACUGCAGGUUACAGCGCUGCAUCGCUUUCGGGAUGAAGCAGGACUCCGUUCAGUGUGAAAGAAAACCCAUUGAAGUGUCCCGAGAAAAAUCUUCCAACUGUGCGGCUUCCACAGAAAAAAUCUACAUCCGCAAAGACCUCCGAAGCCCGCUGGCUGCAACUCCGACCUUUGUGACAGACGGCGAGACCACCAGAUCUACAGGACUGUUGGAUUCGGGAAUGUUCGUAAAUAUUCACCAGUCUGGGAUAAAAACAGAACCAGCUAUGCUAAUGACACCGGAUAAGGUUGAGUCAUGUCAGGGUGACUUAAGCACACUGGCCAGCGUGGUCACGUCGUUAGCAAAUCUCGGCAAAGCCAAAGACCUUUCUUACACCGGUAGCGACAUGCCUGUGGUGGAGAGCUUGCGCAAUGGUGAUCCGUCCUUCUGUGGGUUUCAUCAAGAUGUUCAGUCCAACGGGGAUGUCUCCAGGGCAUUUAAUACUCUUGCGAAAGCCUUGACUCCUGGAGAAAGCACCGCCGGUCAGAGCUCAGUAGAGGGCAUGGAAGGCAACGUGCAUCUCAUCCCUGGAGAGUCGAGCUACGUGGAGAAAGAGGGGCCGCUUCUCAGCGAUUCACAUGUAGUUUUCAGGCUCACCAUGCCUUCUCCUAUGCCCGAGUACCUGAAUGUGCACUACAUUGGGGAGUCGGCCUCCAGACUGCUGUUCUUAUCGAUGCACUGGGCACUUUCCAUUCCUUCUUUCCAGGCACUAGGGCAAGAAAGCAGUAUAUCUUUGGUAAAAGCGUACUGGAACGAACUCUUCACUCUUGGUCUUGCCCAGUGCUGGCAAGUGAUGAACGUAGCAACCAUAUUAGCAACGUUUGUCAAUUGUCUUCACAAUAGCCUUCAGCAAGACAAAAUGUCACCGGAACGGAGGAAGUCGUUGAUGGAGCACAUCUUCAAGUUGCAGGAGUUCUGUAACAGCAUGGUGAAACUCUGCAUCGACGGCUACGAGUACGCCUACCUGAAGGCCAUAGUGCUCUUCAGUCCAGAUCAUCCAGGCCUGGAGAACAUGGAGCUGAUUGAAAAAUUUCAAGAAAAGGCUUAUGUAGAAUUCCAGGACUACAUCACCAGGACAUAUCCAGAUGACACCUACAGGCUGUCUCGACUACUCCUCAGACUUCCGGCUUUGAGACUGAUGAAUGCCACCAUCACCGAAGAGUUGUUCUUCAAGGGUCUCAUUGGGAAUGUCCGAAUCGACAGUGUCAUCCCGCACAUUUUAAAAAUGGAGCCUGCAGAUUACAACUCCCAAAUAAUUGGUCACAGCCUCUGAAAGGCAAUGGCACAUUGCUAUGAACUAAGUUUACUGUUCCUUCUUGGGACGCAAGACACCAAAUCAAACUGUUGCUUCCAGGGCACCUGCGAAUAGUAACUUUAAGAGUAACCAAAAUUCAAAGUACUUUUCUUUUGGAUUCCUUAAGAAGAAUGUAAGUGACUAGGCAGGGAUCCAGGACUAGACUUCCUGCCUGUGCUAUGGGAAUGCAUAAGAAAUGGUGUGAGUCUAUUCUUGGUGAAGAUGACACCCAAGGCUUGUCUCCUCCCGACCGCCUACACUAAGCUUUCUCAUUCUAUUUUAUAAAACAAAUAAACUAGUCAUUUCCCCCUGA